GGGAGGUGUCCUAGGAGACAGAUUCGCUUUACUGCUAUCCCCGCGUCUGGACUUUUUCACUUCAUCGAGUGCCUCCGUUUUUAUGUUUCAGGUAGUCGGAUGGUGAAGACGCUUUGCGCUUUGUACUCGUACCGUCAUGGCAAGUAAUCUGCUAGCGGAAUCAGAUAACGACUCUGACGUGGAAACCUCGGAGGACCCGGAUAAGCAGGCGCUGGAUUACGUAUCCAGGGUGUUGACAACCCAGACCCUGAAAGACAGACUUCAUAACCUUCCUCUGCCCCUGGGGUCCCAAGACGAGUCUCACCAUAGAAACUUGGAUUUGAAGAAGUCGCCGGUAGCGGGGGAUGACGACGAAGACUCUUCCUUUCUCUUACUCCCUCUAGAACUGAUUCUUCAGAUCCUCUCUCAUUUGGAUCCUCGCUUUAUCCUCACUGUACUGCCGCAGGUGUGCCGAACCCUCCGCUACAUUGUGACAGAGGAAGUGACGUGGAAAAUACGUGUCCAGAAAAGGGUCAGCGCUAAUUUUCCGGUGGUGGAACAGGAGAAUUUUGAUUGGCCAGCCGCGUGCAUUGAACUUGAAGAGCAGCUUUCUCAUUGGCCGGACAAUGGGAAGAAGGCAGAACAUUUCUCAUUAAACGAUGGUCACUUUGCUUCUGUGGAUGCUGUGCUGCUUCUUGAGGGGGGCUCUCUUUGCGUGUCCGGAUCACGAGAUAGAAAUGUCAGCCUCUGGGACCUGAGAGAUCUGGGAAAAGGCCAAGGCAAAGUAAACGUAAAGGUUUUGGGAACAGAGAAAACGGGAACUCACAAGGGUUGGGCAUGGUCUCUGGCGUCCUGUGGGAAUCUGUUGGCCUCAGGCUCCUGGGAUAGCACUGUGAAGAUCUGGGACAUGGGGGCAGAGGGACAGCAAGUUGGCGACAUUAAGGGACGCGCUGCAAUUUUGUGUCUUGCCUUCCAACCGGAUAUUUUGGUUGCUGGAUCAUAUGACAAGAGAGUGAGUGUAUACGACCCCAGAGCGGCGAAUCCUUUGAUUAAGACGCGGAAGAUCCACUCGAGUCCCGUGCUGUGCCUGGUGGCUGACGACCGACACAUUGUAUCCGGCAGCGAAGACCGAACCUUGGUGGUGUUUGACCGCCGAGCCAAUGCGGUGUUGCAGAGGAUGCCUCUGGAUAAUUACCUGUUUUGUAUGUCCUAUGAAGCCCCGCAGCUAUGGGCAGGGGAUAACCAAGGCAUGAUCCAUGUGUACGGGAGCCAUGGAGGGACAUUCCAGAGUCUGCGGAGCUUUGAUGUCGGUCACAUGUCCCAAGUCACCGGUAUCUGGCAUUCGGCAGGCGCGCUUUACACGACCUCCACAGACAAGACGAUGAAGGUUCACAUUCCUACAGACCCACCCCGGACCCUCCACACAGAGCCGCACAGCAGUGUCGUCAAUGGGGUCAGCGUGGCCGGACGAACCGUUGCGGCAGCUUCUGGGGCGCAGACCGUGGAGAUCUGGAGAUUUCCCGAAUAAACGGUGCAUUAAAAAAAAAAA